GUGAGACAAGUUUACGUUGUGUUUUUGUGAUGACCAGGCGCUGCAGUGGUGGGAAAUAUUAACAGUCAGUCCUUUUAAACCUUGUCAGUCGAUGAAUAAGGUAAUGUCCUUGUACAGCAAUGAAAAUGAACCCGCACGAAAAGGUUAAUUUAAUCAGUCAGCUGGGCAGCUUACAGUUCAGUACAGUUGUUAAGCUCUGAAAGCUCUGACACGUUAGCCAAAAGCUAAUUCUUUAGUAAGUUGGUGUUAAAGGUAAACGUAGCUUUGUGUUUAAUGUUAAUGUUUGAGUUAGGAGUGUCAAAAGUUGUGCUUUGGUGUAAGAUUACGGUGAACGAUGGGGUUAGAUUUACUGACCGAUUUAGUUAUUCUGAGUUAACACCAGCUAAGUUAGCUAAGGUUAGCUAAACGACUUGUGUAUGAGUUGAUAACCUUACAUUAUUUCGUUGACUGUAGUCGACAUUAAUUAUUUAUCACAAGUUGGUUAAAUGCUGGUAUUGUACGUUUGUUUGCUCAUUACAGUCGUGAAGCGCCAGUGAAGUUUUGCAUCAGGUACCUUUGAUAUACGUACUUGGCAUUAAAUUAGCUUUAGCAAACGUGCUAUUGACCACACGAUACGUAAUUGAGUUUCCAGUGUGAGAUAAGCCCAAAUUGGAGUAAGUGGCUGCUCUUCUUUGGCGGUUUGAUUUACGUAACUUAGCCUCACCAUACUGGGGGUCAUGCAGGCGGAGGAUGUCUGCUGCAGCUCUACGUUUGAUCCGCUGCCGGAGACUGAGCACAGCUGGGCCUCCUGGAGUGAAGAGAGUGCUUCAGUGGAAAGAUUUAAGGAAGGUUGCUAAAGUAACUGGUGCAGUUGUCUUGGGGGGCUGUCUUUUUAUCACAUAUGAGGUUGUAGCCUUGGACAAGGCUGUGACCAUUGACACCAGUGCAAUUUUUCAAGAGAAGUACAAGUCUUACAUUUAUCUGAGAGCCACACCCUCAGAUGAAAAGGAGAACCUUACUGCAGGGCUUACACACAAAGCAAGGAGGGAACUUCAUAAAGCAGCACGGCGGUUUCUGGAAAUAUCCUCUAGGCUUUUACUGCAAUCACUAGAUGAGCACUUUAGCCAUGUAGAUGCAGACCCACAUGAGGUGGCAUUGUGGGUCCUGCUGAAGAGGACACAGUCAGCCAAUAAAGCCAUCAGACUACCAGCUGUACAGGAGCUUGCAGAUAAUCACCACUGGCACGACUACCAGUACCAGACAGCAGCCCAAUUUAUAGACCAGCGAACAGCAGUGGGCUUGGCCCGGACUCCUCAGGUAGACCUGCGAUUCUUCCUGCCCCCACCUGUGCUACCUGAUCUGGAAGAUGGUUUGACAGCAGAGGAUGGACUGAGGCAGCUGCUGGCGUCUCUGCCUCUGUCUGAGGUGGACAAAUGUGUUCAGUACUUCACUUCACUGGCUCUCAGAGAGAGCACUCAGUCCAUGGCAGCACAACGGGGUGGUCUUUGGUGCUUUGGCGGCAAUGGUCUGCCCUACGCCCAGAGCCUCACCUCUGUCCCCUCAGAGAAGGUGGAAUCCUUCUGUCUGCAGGCACUGGUACAGCACUCAAAGGUCCAGAGCCACUGUGACCACAUAGUUGCCAACGGGGGCCUGCAGCUCCUCCAGAGGGUUUAUCAGCUCCGUAGAGACUCCCAGAAGAUUCAGAGGAACAUUGUUCGUAUCAUAGGAAACUUGGCGCUCAAUGAGAGUGUUCACCAGGCCAUAUCCCAGUCUGGCGUCUCAUGCGGCUCGCGCUCUGGCCAACCUGGACAGGGAGACGGUGAAAGAGAAAUACCAAGAUGGUGUCUACAUCCUCCAUCCACAAACACGUGGCAACAAAUCAAAGCAGAUGUGCUUUUCAUCCAUGGGAUUCUCGGGGCAGCAUUUAAAACGUGGAGGCAGAAGGACCGCAAUACGCUAGAGGAAGAGAAGGAGGCAGAAAGCAGGGACGACUACACAGAGUGCUGGCCAAAGUCAUGGUUGGCUGCUGACUGUCCAAAUCUGAGAGUACUAUCAGUAGAGUAUGACAGUCACCUCAGUGACUGGAUGGCCAAGUGUCCCGCUGAGAAUCAGAGGAAAUCCUUGGCCUACAGAAGUCGAGAGCUGCUAAAGAAGUUAAAGCUGGCAGGGGUUGGAGAGAGGCCUGUGGUCUGGGUAGCCCACAGUAUGGGAGGAUUACUUGUGAAGAAAAUGCUCCUUGAUGCCUCUGAGGACCCAGAUAUGCAUGAGCUGUUAAAAAACACCAAGGGCAUUGUGUUCUAUAGUGUUCCUCACCGUGGAACAUCUAUGGCAGAGUACUCAGUCAAUGUCAGAUAUCUCCUCUUUCCCUCUAUAGAAGUCAGAGAACUUUGUAAAGACUCACCAGCACUGCGAAAUCUAAAUGAGAACUUCUUGAACAUGGCCAGAGAAAAGGAAAUCAAGGUCCUGAGCUUUGCAGAGAGGCUGCCAACAAACAUUGGUCCCAUGAUCAAGAUACUGGUGGUACCAUCACAGUCAGCAAAUCUUGGCAUCGGUGAGCUCAUCGAGGUGGAUGUAGAUCAUCUCAACAUAUGCAAGCCAGAGAAGAAAGACUCAUUCCUGUACAAACGCAGCCUCCAGUUCAUCCAGGAAGCACUGCAGAGCUACAUCAGCCACUGACUGAAAUAUAUGAACACAAACACACUGAUACAACCUACUGUAUACUUGAAAUGGGGGAGAGCUCUGUCACCCAUCCACACCCUAACCAAAUGGAAACAUAACUGCCUCUUCUUGUUGAAAACUUACAUAAACACUCACUAAUGUGAUCAUAGUAUAAUUGGGGAAAUUAAAUGAAUUUUACACAGUGAUAUAUUUGAAGAGUUGCCAGUUGUGAUGAUUUUAUUCUCCUAGUCAUCCUCCUAGAUUGGUUUCUCUAACUAGUGAGUGAGAUGAAUUUUAAAGAUUGUUUGAAUUUUUAAAGCACAUAAUAUGUUUACAAGUAAAUUCAGAAAAAUUAAUUUUAGAUUUUAUUUUUCUGGAUUUUUUUCCCAAUUUCAUCUGAACCAUAGCAGUUUAACUUAGCACGUGGUGCGUAAUGCUCAUAUUGUAUCAGUUCAAGAUGCACUGACAUGUCGUUGCCACUAAUGCUCCUUACAUUUCUGACCAGAGCAAUGGUUUAAGAUUUUAUUUUUAUAUUUAUAUUUUAUUAUAACUGCAGUAUGACAUGUCAUUGUGUGCCAAAACAUAUUACUUCCUGAGCCUUACCUUAAAUGGACCUGUAUUAAUAUUAGUUCAGGCUGCUUUAUUUAUCUGUAUGGGACAAAUCAAGAAAUUGUUUUUUAAUUUCCAAACUGUCCAAACUGCCACUAGCAAUGACAAUUAAUAAAUGUAUAAAGUUGGAGGCUUUAUUUGACUUCUAUACACUCUUGCAUUGCUUCAUUUUUAUCUCAAAGCUGCUUUACGCUACACAUAUCAUCUUAAUGUAUUUAUUUUACAAUAUUAAUACUAUGAUGUUGUGAAAUAUGCUUUUGCUGUCUGUGUGACAAAACUGAAAAAACAACACAGUACAUUCUUCUAGGGUUAAGUGAUAUGACCAAAGAAAUGGAGACAAUAUAAAAAUGUCCAAUGCCAGAGAUCUUCCUUUCCUGUGGUAUAUAUGCCUUUACUAUCUCUGGGUGUGUUAGACUAUUGUGGAAAAUGUAAAUAACCAAGCAUGACUGCUUUAUGGUAAUAAUAUAUGCAUAAAUGAGAUGAUAUACCUUUAUUCGUCAGAUACUUAAUUCAUUGAAUUGGCCAAAAGCUAUUAUAUAAUGAUAUACACUCACUGAGCACUUUAUUAGGAAAACCGAACUAAUACUGCAGCCUCAUUUCUUUGUGGCAUAGACUCCGCAAAGGUGUUGGAAACAUUUCUCUGAGAUUUUGCUGCAUUAAAUCAUUUGUACAGA